CACACACACAGACCUCCAGAGAAUCAUGUUGUUUACAAUAUUACACAAACAGACUUGUUUAUGCUGCCUUCAGCACAUCAUAAAGGGAUGGGGCAAUCAGGGUGUGUUUUAUUAUUACACAUUGUUACGAUGGAAGAUUACAGGUUCACUUUUAUUGUGCAUGUAGCCUAUUGUAAAACGAGUAUUUUCUGUCUUGUCAGUUAACAGAUAAGGCGCUAUAGUCCUUUAAAGAAUUAGACAGCUGUAGAGCUUUAGCUGCAAACAGACACAAUGUAUGCUAGCCAGUGCACAGCUGCCUUUAUUUAUUCAUCAUGAAUUGAAUAUGCGUUUUGCAUGCGUCUCAUGUGAAUGUGCAUGCAAGUGAUGAAACGACAGUUCUGAUAAUCAGUAUUUCAAGUCAACAUGUGAAAGGGGCGGGAUUACUAGCCCGAGCCGUGUGACAGGAUGGUUACAUUAGGUUUGAGAUCCUAGUAAGAGUGUUAUUGGUUAUCAGCAAGGUUGGGUAGUUAAAGAAGAGUAGGAGGGUACUUGUGUUCUCACUCAUUCUGUGCAGCUCUCGGUUCCUGCCGCUCAUGGAGUUAUCAAGGUGGCUGUAUCAGUGGGGAUGAUCACUCCUCAGGCCAUCACUCCUCAGCAGAUGCAGCAGAUCCUCCAGCAGCAGGUCCUGAGCCCCCAGCAGCUCCAACUGUUACUGCAGCAACAACAGGCCCUGAUGUUACAGCAGCAACAGCUUCAGGAGUUCUAUAAGAAACAGCAGGAAGAACUCCACCUGCAGCUCCUGCAGCAACAUCAUGCUGGGAAACCCAGUAAAGAGCAGAUGAUGGCCCAGCAGAUGGCUAUACAGCAGCAGUUACUAUCCGUUCAACAGCAGCACCUGCUCAACCUGCAGAGACAAGGACUGUUGUCUGUCCCGUCAGCUCUCACUGGUGCACUGCCUCAAGGUUUGAUCCCUGCUGAGCUUCAGCAGCUGUGGAAAGAGACAGCAGAUGCACGGCAGGAGGAGAAAAGUAGAGGAGACAAGUCCCCCUCUCCUCCCAAAACUCAGACGCUCAACCACCACUCCAGCACUAAUGGACACCAUGUGCACCGGCCCAGCCGGAGAGACAGUUCUCAGGAGAGUCAUUCCCAGAGCGCCCAUCCUUUAUACAGCCACGGCGUAUGCAAGUGGCCAGGCUGUGAGGCCGUGUUCGGAGACUUCCAGUCAUUCCUCAAGCAUCUGAACAGUGAACAUGCUCUGGAUGACAAGAGCACAGCGCAGUGCAGAGUUCAGAUGCAGGUGGUUCAGCAGCUGGAACUGCAGCUCGCUAAAGACAAAGAUCGUCUCCAGGCCAUGAUGGCCCAUCUCCAUGUCAAGUCCACUGAGCCCAGACCUGCCCCUCAGCCAGUGAAUCUGGUGUCCAACUUCACGCUUGCCAAGGCAACCAUUCCCAAAACCAGUCCCACUAUGAGUCUUUCCCAGAGUGCCACAGCCCCGUCUACACCCCUCACGUCACUCCCCCAGAUGCCCUCUGUCAUCAUACCCACCAGCCUGCACAGCAUGGGUCCCAUCCGCAAACGCUACUCUGACAAAUACAACAUAGCCAUGGACCAAGAUAUUGUGCAGAAUAAGGAGUUCUACCUGAGUGCUGAGGUCAGACCUCCAUUUACAUAUGCAGCUUUGAUCAGGCAGGCCAUUUUGGAGUCUCCUGAAAAGCAGCUAACACUAAAUGAAAUCUACAACUGGUUCACUCGAACAUUUGCGUAUUUCAGACGCAAUGCUGCAACGUGGAAGAAUGCAGUCCGCCACAACCUCAGUCUUCACAAGUGUUUCAUACGAGUCGAGAAUGUGAAGGGGGCCGUUUGGACUGUGGACGAGCUGGAGUUUCAGAAGAGAAGGCCACAGAAGAUCACUGGGUACUUGCAAAUCUCAUUGUGCAGAUUUAAUUCUUCUGAGGUCACUGUUCCUAAUGAUGCUGAUAUCUGUUUCUUCAGAUCACCUCUGGCGAAGAACAUCCAGUCCAGUCUGGGCCAGAGUCCUUCCCUGUCUGCUCUGCAGGCAGCGAUGGUGGACAGCAGUCUGCCCCUCUACGGCUCGGCGUCCAUGGGAGCGUCCAGUCUGAAGGCUCUGGCCAGUGCACUGCAUGAGGACAUGAGUUCUCACGAUCAUGACGAAGGCUCCCACAGCGACUCCAGCCUGGAGCUCUCUCCUGCGCCCACACUCCAUCAGUCUCAAAUUAAAGAGGAGCAGAUGGAGGCCGAAGACUAUAAUGGCUCCAUGUCUCCGGAGACAGAAGACCAGCACAGUCCAGACACCAACCACAGCGAGAAGUACACCGAAGAGCAGGACUCUGCCUGCCAGCCGGGAUUCUCCUCGUCACCUCACUCAUACCACUAGUGAGAUCCUCGCCCGUCCAUCGGCCCUCCUUCAUCUGACCUGUGCACCAUCAAACUCUGAGAAAGCUGACGCUGAAAACUUACAGCUGCAACUUUUCCUUUUGGGAACAACCGUUUAUUUAUUGUUUAAUGUACCUGUUUCUGUUGUAUGCAAUGGUUUGACCUCACUGGUACUAAAGGGCUCACCCAUCAGCUUGCGGAGGACAAAAGAGGGCGCUGUAGGCUACACAUCAUCUUUGGUUUGUUAUAGAUUAAACACUACGGCACCUGAACUCAAUCAACUGCUUACCUGUAAGGGAAGAUGGUUUCCCUGUCAACUGAGGAAGAUUCAGUCCUAUCAAUUUUAAAGCUGUCUGUGAUAUAUUUAGCUGUCCACAAGAUCUGUUCAGUGCAGCUGUGAAUGCUGAAUGAAAAGCUCUGUAUUGUAAAUGCAAGUUUGAAUCACCUCUGCCUGAGAUACUGUAGGGUUAGUCGCCAGUUCAAGGGGCGCUGAGAAUAUUUGGAUGGGCGGCCCAGUGAGGCUGUAACAUAGAGGACCUGACGAUGGCCCCGGUUGCUGUGAUGGUAACAUGUCGCCUUAAAUUUUGGGCUGCUUAUUGGUAGAAUGGAAAAUUAAAUUGUGAAUGUCUAUCUUUUUUACCUCUGUUUUUUCCAGAUAAAAACAAAACCAAAGGGGAACAUUUUAUAAACAGCACUUGAUGAAUGUUUUUUUUUUUUCAAUCUUAGUUUUUGAUUUGUUUUUCACUGUGUACAGAAGGUUACUGUAUUUUCAUUAUCCAAAACAUUUACCCAAACAAAAGUCCCAAUCAUCCGAUUACUAGUAAAGCUGAACCAAACACUUUCUUCCAUAUUUGAGAAGAGUGAAAAAAAAAAUAUAUAUAUAUAUAUUAUUAUUAAAAAAAAAUUGACAAGUUUUUCUGUUGUAGAAAGAAUCAACAGUUACCAAAGAUUGUCAAAUUUUCUUUUUUUUUUCUUUUUUUUAUGUUGUGUACCCCGUUGCCAUUGUCCAUUUUAAUAUGGUCAAGACUAAAAAGUCUUCACUUGAGUGGAUUCAGUAAGUAUAGGGUGUUUAAUGUCACAAUCCUGACAUUUUGAGCAUUUUGAAACUAAUCAUUUGAUCUGACAAGUAGUAAUUUCUACCGCAGAGAAAAGCAUGGAUGACAAGGAAAUAAUGCAUCAUUUUUGACUGAAUAACUUGUUACACAUGUCCAAAAGAAAUAGAUGACAUCUGUUUCAAAUCAACUAUGUCAGUUUGUUCAAUACAUCUGAAUAAAUGCCUUAUGAUUAAUAAAUUCUUGUAUAAAAAUGUGAAAAAAA